UUCCCGCCGCAGCCAGCCCUGUACGAAGCUGUGCCCGUCGCUGACUGGGGCCUGCUGAGGCUGCCGGCCCCGGUGACCGACCUCUUUGCUCUCCUGCAUCCCGGUGUCUGUCUGCAGGCGGCGGUGAGGGGCCCGGCCUUCUUUGCUGGCAGUCGGGGAGCAGGCGGUACUCGCCAUGAUAGAGGAAAGACAGGAGACCAUGAGCUGAUCUCGAGAACUUGGGUUUGUCUCCUUCUCCCACCUGCAGCAGGAGAAGGCUGAAUGGGAAAACUUAAAUAAGUUAUUAAUGCGUCAUGGGUUGAAACCAGUGAGUCUUGCUGCCCUCCAAAGCUGCAGAAAUACAGCAGAUACGAUUGUCUUAGACACUCAGUCUUCUCUAGGAAUAAGACUUGCAUUAAAAACACUGAUGGAAAACACUGACCGCCAGCAGAAAAUUAUGCAGGGGCUGAUGGAGACCAAUCGUUCUCUUAGAGAUGAGAUCCGACAGGAAAGUGGUCGGGCAUCUCGUCAAGAACAACGGGCUAAUGAUUUGGAAAAUGUGGUGAAAAACAUUAAGUCCAAAAUUUGCCAGCUGGAAGAUGAGACGAUAGCUAAAGUUUGCCAGCAACAGAAUCAAGUCAGAGAACUUCAGAAAGAUCAGCAGGCUUCACAGGCAAAAUAUCAACAGCAGCAGGAGAAGCUGCAAGAACAGAAAGAGACAAUUGCCCGUUUGCAGAAGGAGCUGUGCAGAGUUGGGCUGGAGGAGCAGCAGCGUGUUGCCACUCAAAACAAAAUGUUUUGUCGCUUUUGCAAAAGAGCUCCAAAGUAUCUUCUAGAUCAGCAGUUCCUUUGUCUAAUUGACUAUUAUGAAUCUCAAAUUAGUGAAAUGAAAAAGGAGCUAAGGCAAUAUAAAAAAGAUGGAGAUCAGGUACAGAAAGAAGUGAAAAGCAAGGAAGAAUUCUUAAAUCUAGAUGCUACUCCUAAUUACAGAGCACUGCUAACGUCUUUCCAGAAACAACUUACUGAAACAAAAACCAGGAAUGAACAGCUUUUGCUUGAAAAUAUAAAUCUCAAGAAAGAUUUGGAAACCAGACCAACUGCACAGGAAUUAAAACUUUACAAGCACCAAGUGAAGAAACUAGAGAAAACUUUAAAGAAAACUGUCAAAUCUUCAGGGAGUAGUACCGGAGAAAGAACAGAAGAAAAGAAAGAAUCUGAGAGUAUUGCGGAGGUGGAUAGGCUGCAGGCAGUUUGCCAGCAGUACUUAAAGGUUUUGUCCCAUAUUGAUUCUAUUUUGCAAAGCCCAAGAGCUCCUCUGUUAAUAUACAGGCGCAGUAAAGGGCCAGUGCAAAAUCACAUUAAAGAGAAAGGGCAGGACUGUGGAUUUGAGCACCUUCCACUUACUAUAGAAAUGUGGGCAGAUCAGCUAAUGUCCCUGAAGAAUUUGCAUAGAUCCUUGAGAAAACUGUCUCUGGAACUGGCACCCUGGCACACUGAAGAUCCACAAGACAACAGGGAAUCCAUACGAGUUGAAGACCUCCAGUUCAUAGUAGAUGCCAUUUUGGAAGAAAUAGAAAAUAAGGAAAAGAACAGCCAGACACCAUCAGGACCAACUCUGUUAGCGAUAGUCUCUCACUUCCAGAAGUUGUUUGAUGUGAAUUCUCUCAGUGGCAUUUAUCCACGAAUGCAUGAGGUUUACACAAAGCUUGGGGAAAUGACCAACGCCAUGAGAAAUCUCCAGGAGCUCCUGGAACUAGGCAGCUCUGCUCCACCCACUGUGGUAGUGGAUACUGUUGGGAAACUGUGUGACAUAAUUAAUAAGGACGUGACUAAGCAGGUACAGCAGCUUCUGGGGACCCAGGACAUCCACAGUAUAAUCAAUAAGUUAGAAGAACAUGAAUGCUUCUUUCCACCAUUUCAAGCUCUCAUUCAAGAUUUGCUCUGUCUUCUAGAGAUUCGUAACCUGGAUGAUAUUUUACCUACAGUGCGAAAGUUGAAGUUGGCAGCUAGUUAAGGGUUACUCUGGUCUUCUCUAGCAAGAUCAUCUUACCUGUGAUGGAACACACUGGUGUCUAUGACAUAACAGCUACCUCUAUCCUCUAUUACCCUAACCAACAGACUUUUAACAUAAUUAAAAGCUUUUUAUUUUUCUUAA